CCGUCCGUGGCCUUGAAAACGGACAAACCGUGGAAGAAGAUAUAGUGGUGGAUUGCAUCAGCCGAACCCUGAGCAGCAAAACCCACUGGGACGAAAUAUUAAAAACAGCCGAAAAUCCGGAGAUUCAACUCGUGGUGUCCAACACCACCGAAGCUGGACUGGUGUAUGUGGCCGAAAACCCCUCUGAAGGCUGUCCAGAAUCUUUUCCAGGAAAACUCACGGCCUGGCUGUUCAGGAGAUUUCAAACCAACAAGGCCGAAACGCUGGUGGUCCCUACCGAGCUUAUCGUAAACAAUGGUGGCAUACUGAAGGGCAUAGUGGAAGAACAGGCCAAGGCCAAUCAAUUGGGCAGUGAUUUUGAAGAAUGGCUCCUUCAAAAGGUAAAAUUCUGUAGCUCGCUGGUGGAUAGAAUUGUACCGGGCAAACCCAAUGAAUCAGAGGCCAAUAAGUUAUUCGAAAAAAUUGGCUAUACCGACAAACUUAUCAUCAAGGCCGAAGUAUACAGGCUUUGGGCCAUUGAGGGCGAAAACAUCGAAGAGUUUUUGGGAUUUGCGGAGGCCGAUAGUGGCGUAAAAAUCGNGUACCAAGUGAAG